UCCAACAGCACCAUCUCUGGCAGGUAGUGUGCGCUUUAAAACCUUACAGUAGGCUAAUGUUUAGGACGAUAUGUAGCCACUCAACGGGGGACACGAACACCAUCGAGCUUAUUUCCGUUGUCGUCUGUCGGUUGGUCGUUUUUAUUGUUGUGGGGGAGAAGACGAAGCGUCUCGAGCCAUUUGUUUCUUUUUUUUUUCUUCCUUUUUUUAAACUCCGACCGGAACCCCGGGCGGGCGGACAGGGAUGAACGUCGGGGUUUCCCUUGUUUCAGCCGGACGGAACAAAAUCGGCUCCUUUCAAAUCCCGCAGCUUUUCACCGAGCAGACGGAGAAGCCCUACGUGUUGAUUGCGUCUCGCCCCCCCGGCGUGAAGUCCGAAUGAGGGACAACAAAAAGACACGCGCGCCUCCCCAAGACCGGCGAGGUCUCACCGCGCUGCAUUUACUGUGAUAUUUUUAAUUUAUAUAUUUUAUUUAUUUAUUUUUUUCCGGUGGUGGUGGGGGGGCGAUAUGUGAUGUGCGGACCCGUGGAAAGCUACGCGAGGCAAAACGAGCGGAGUCUCUUUCUUUUUUUUCUUUCUUCUUCUUCUCUUCUGCUCUGGAAAUGAGGAAGUAUUUUUCAGAAAGACCCAGAAAAUGGCAAGAAGGUCUCGUCGCCCGUGGGCCCGGAUUUCAGUAAAAUGAGCAGGGAAAAGAGCGAAGGCAACGGCGGCAUGAAUAUAUAUCUCUCCUUCUCCUCCUCCUUCUCCGUCUCCCCAACAGAAUGACACCAGAGGAGUCGAAACGGUGGAGGUAGAAAACACGCAGCAUCCAUGAAGUCGAUCGGGACAAGUUUUGAGUCUCUCUUGACGACCAGAAGUACUUUGCAGCUCGACAGCAGACCGUUUCCACGGCGUUGAAAUAUUUCCCAAUUCACUCUCUUAUUUUCGCCUUGUUUUUGUAUUUUUUUUUUUUAUACUUUCGAUCCGGUUCCAGCACUGACUGUUCAAUGGAAGUAUGUUACCAGCUGCCGGUUUUGCCUCUAGACAGGCCGGUUCCCAAGCACGUCCUCAGCCGCAGAGGAGCCAUCAGCUUCAGCUCCAGCUCUUCUCUCUUCGGGGCUCCUGAUCCGAGACAGCUGUCACAGAGACGUGGGGCCAUCUCCUAUGACAGCUCGGAUCAGACAGCACUGUACAUCCGUAUGCUAGGAGAUGUGAGAGUCCGAAGUCAGGUUGGAUUUGAACCGGAACGAAGGAUCUCCCACCCGUACCUGUCCAUCGACUUCCGAACCCUCCACACGCGGCCGGGCUACGGGUCCACGUCGGCCACCUCGACUCCUGAGAGGAGGGUCCACCGACUGCUCAGCUUCCAGAGGUACCUGCACUCAUCCCGUCUGCUGCGAGGCGUCCCCCAGCAGAUCCCCCUCCACAUGCUGGACGAAGACUACACAGGACAGGCCAGAUGCAUGCUGGAAAAAGUUGGGAACUGGAAUUUUGACAUUUUCCUCUUCGAUAAGUUGACAAACGGAAACAGUCUGAUCACCCUGACCGUCCACCUGCUGAACCAGUACGGCCUGGUGGAGCUCUUCCAGCUGGACAUGGUCAAACUCUGGAGGUUCCUGGUCAUGGUGCAGGAGGACUAUCACAGCGACAACCCCUACCAUAACGCUGUCCACGCCGCCGACGUCACGCAGGCCAUGUACUGCUACAUGCGGGAACCCAUGCUCGCCAAAUCUCUGACCUCUUGUGACCUCCUCCUUGGAAUCCUGGCAGCCGCCACACAUGACUUGGACCAUCCUGGAGUCAACCAGCCUUUCCUCAUCAAGACUGACCACCAUCUGGCUACACUCUAUAGGAAUACCUCAGUUCUGGAAAACCACCACUGGAAGUCGGCGGUGGGCCUUUUCAGAGAGACCGGGCUGUUUUCCCAUCUGCCCGCUGAAGACAGCCUGAACAUGGAGCGGGAGUUGGGCUCCUUAAUCCUGGCCACAGACAUCAGCAGGCAGAACGACUACCUGUGCAGGUUUCGCAGGCACCUGGACCAAGAGAACCUGUGCUUGAGCAACGCCAGCCACCGUCACUUCAUUCUGCAGAUGGCUCUGAAGUGUGCAGACAUCUGUAACCCCUGCAGACCCUGGGAGCUGAGCAAACAGUGGAGUGAGAAAGUGACCGAGGAGUUCUUCCAACAAGGAGACAUUGAGAAGAAGCACAGUCUUGAAGUCAGCCCACUUUAUGACAGAGCGAUCAACACAGUAGGCAACAUUCAAAUCGGCUUCAUGACGUACGUGGCCGAGCCGCUGUUUGCGGAGUGGACCCGUUUCUCCGACACGCGUCUCUCCCAGACCAUGCUGGGCCACAUGGGGCUCAACAAAGCCAGCUGGGUCGGCCUCCAGCAGGAACAAACCGCCGUCGAGCCCAGCCCGGCCCCCGCGGAAGUCGCCGGCGCCCCAACAGACAGCGUCACCGCCGGAGAUACCAGCUCCAAAGAAAUACCUCAGGGAAGCAAAGACUCCUGACACUCCUCGUGUGCCCUCUUCAUCUCGACCUCCUGACCCCGCAUUUGGGACCUCACCACACAUUGGGGAGGGGGGGGCCUGGUGGGACAGCUGCUGCCCCACCCGCUCUUGACACCUUGUUUAUGAUUUGUUGCUUAUGCCUCCCCUCUUGAUAAACCACUGAUUUUAUUUAUUUAAUUUUUAAUUCCUUUCUUUUGGCGUAUAGCAAUACAUAGAUACCUCAUUUGGCUACUGCUGUAUUUUCCUUAUUUACUUUGUUUUAUUUAUUGUCCACUAUAGUUUUGGCAUUACUGACUGAACACACCAGUUUUGUUUGUUUUUUGUCGGUGAACAUUAAGGGGAAACAGUAGAAGACCCGAAGAAGACUUUUUUUUUUUUUUUUUCUCCCCAGGUGUUUUGAAGUGCCAUUUGAAAACAAAGUUCAACGACCGAAAUCUGAAUUUCAUUCGAUUGAGACAACUGGAGUAUUCAGACGCGUUCAGACUCAAUGCCGUGUUGCAUUCGUAUUGAAGAUUCUUCCUCGUGUAAGACAAAAACAAUGUGACAAGCCCGGUCCUUUUGCUGCCUCGACGAAGACUGUUUAUGCCUUUUUUCUUGUUGUGUCGUCCCCCCGCCCCCACCGAACUGAACCGAACCGAACCCCGUCGACUCCACGGUUUGCCUUUCCAAGCACAGACGCGAAGAACCACUCGUUUUGAAUUGUCAUCCCACUGUCGAAGCCACGAGCAGUACCUUUAUUUUUAUUUUUUAUUAUCCAAACUCACCAGAUGCCAUAAGUGCGCCUGUGCAACCGCGCUCUCAAACGUCCCCGGGACACCUCGGAGAGAGACCCCGCUGAAGCGAUUGUAGACGUUAAAGUCGUUUUCUGAUGUUUCCGGAUCUUCCAGGGCUGGUUGAACUCGUGGGGGGGGGGGGAGGGAGGGAGAGAGGCGCUUCCCUCCCAGACUGGAGAUCAGUUACCCACUGCACAUGCAUCUCACCUGGAACCACUCCACGCAACUGGACUCGCUCAGGGUUCCGCCAGGCUCUUUAACCAGAGGGGGUGAUUGGGUUGUUGUUGUUUAGUUUUUUGUUUGUUUAUUUUGUUCCUGGCCAGGAUCUACUGAAGGAGACUCUCCCUCUCCGCAGAAUGUCUCUCACAGCCACAUGCAACCUAAAGGACUGCUCGAUUGAUGCCUUAUAACUAUGCACAAACUAUGCUAAGUGACCAAACCAGCUCCUGUUCCCAUCACGUGCAUGGCGUGCUCGUCUUUGAAUGCACUGUCCGAUCCCUUUGCCUUUUUUUGUUGUGAGGAACAACUCUAGCUGUUGUUUUUUUUGUACGGAAACAAAAUGGCCGAGUGACUUUGAACAUUCCAUUUCUUUGUGUUUUGGUUUGUUUACCCUGAUUCAAUAUAGUGGCACAACAAUGUGUUGGUGUGUAAACGUUUUUGAAAGAUAACCGGUGCUUUUCUUACUUUAGCUGAUUUGUAUUUUUGAUGUAAGUGCUGUAAGACUGUUGGGGAAAAAAAACAAAAAAAAACUGUUUACAAUUUGUUGAGACAGCCAUUUUUGGGAAGACUUCAGUGUCGAAACCAGAUUUUGUAAAAGCUUUGCUGUAUUGACCUUUUUGAUACGUGCCUGUUGCGGUUUUGAUUUGAAUAAUAAAACCUGUUGUGGAA